AUGGCAGUGGCCACGACGACAAGACUGAAGAUGGACUCGUCGACGAUGCCGAAACCGACGCGCAAGGCAACGUCGCCUGCCCAGCCAUUGCAUGCCCAACAGCCGUUUCCGCACCACCCGGUGCCAGUUGCCGUUCCGUACCACCACCCACAAGGCUACUACUAUCCCCAGCCCGGCUAUCCCCAGGGCUACUUUGCACAGAGCCCGGACCAGCAACAGCAGCAGCAGUUUGCGCACUGGGCGUUCCAGCAGAUGAUGCUCAAUUCCCAGCAGCAGCAGCAGCAACAACAACAACAGCAACAACAACAGCAGGCGAUGGCUGGGGUCCCACCGGGUGCGCGCACGGGGUCCGGGCCAGACUAUACGUAUGGGCAGAUGAUUCCGCCCCAUAUGGGAUUCCAGCAGUCGGGAACACCACCGCCUGGGCCGAUGCACUAUGGAUCUGCACAGCCGCCAGCUCCAGGCCAGCCGCGCGAGCAUCCGUUCCAGCCGCAGCCGCAGCAACAGCAGUAUACUGGCCAUGGGGGGUAUCCACAGCCACAGAGGCCGUAUGCGCGCGAGAACAAUGGAUCGGCGUCGUCGCUCCAUUCCAAUGGCUCUGGGUCGGGGCGCCAGCGCACAGCGAGCAACCCCCGUGCCCCGAAUGCCAAUCCCAAUCCCGCUCCCACCGCCCCGCGCCAUGGCCGGAACCAGUCCGCGGGGUCCUCGGUCGCCCCCGAGCGCUCUGUCACCCCGCCUGCGCGCCAGACCACUGCGUCGCCCGUGUCCCCCGCCGGCUCACCCACCGCCGCCAAUCCGACCAUGCGCACCGCCAAGCCCUCGCCGCUCUCCCAGUCCCAGCAGUUUGCCGCCGACCCUACUAAGCGCCUUUCCCGCGACGACAGCGCCCUCGAGGCUCCCCAUGCCGCACUCCCCAAGACCAACGGUCUCAAGGGCCGUCUCCGCCGUGCACUCUCCUUUAGCGCCAUCCAGACCCUCGACGAGGCCGAAGAGGGCAAGGAAAAACUCGGCUCGCGUCGCAAGGCCAUUGAAAAAGCCAACAAGGCCAAUGCCGCCCUCCAAAAGCAGCAACAGCAGCAGCAAGAUGGCGCCCCACUCGACUCGCCUGGCGCCGCAGAGUCCAUCCGCACCACCGCGUCGAAAAAACCGAGCAGGAGCCUCUUUAACCGCAAGUUGAACGCAUCCACCGAUAACAUCUCCCUCCAGUCCACCGUCAGCUCUGCCUCGGUCAUGAUCCGCAAGCUCGGCUCUAUGGGCAAGCUCGCCCGCCGCAACUCGCUCGCUGGCCUCACCGGUCUCUUCAAGGACAAGAAGGAAAAGGGUCACAAGGCCGAGGUCUCGGAAGCCAGCGUCACCCACGCCACCGUCGAAGUCGACCGCGUACCCGGUCCGAGCGUUGUCGGGACGAGCACCAUGGACGAUAUGACCGGUCUCUCCCCCGCCGCCAAGCUCGCUCGCCAGCACACCCUCAAGAGCAAUGCCCAGGCUGCCGAGCGUGCAAAGCAAGAGGCACAGGCCGCUGCGGAUGCCGCUGCAGCCGCCGAGGCCAACCGUCUCGACGAAGAAGACGAGGACGGGAGCGAAGAGCUUGACCAUGUUGCCAAUAUGCACGGCGGAUUCGACGACGAGGACAUUACCGUCCGGCUCGAGCAGACCCGGAUCACCGAGCCCGAGGCCGACGAUGAAGUCUGGGCAGUCGGCAUCCGUCGAUCCGUCGAGCGCACGAGAAAGCCUGUCAAGGGUAUUCUUAGGAAUGCCUCUAAUUUCAACCAAGAGCAAUAUCUCGACAAGGAAAACUCGACCUCUCUCCGCCAGCGCUCCAACUCGGAAACCAACCCGAGUUCCCAGCCUGGCCCCCUGGCCCGCAUCCCCUCUCCCGACCCCGACCACAUCGACGGCCUGCACCGCUCGAGCUCUCCGCAUGAGACGGUCAAGUCCACCUUUAGCGCCGAUUUUGGAGAAUUUACCACCCCUUCGCUCUCGCUCACCGAGAACAAGAUCUCGUCCGACAAGGGUUCGUUCACCUACACCCACCCGGCCUUGAACUCGUCUGCACCCGUCCUGUCCUCGAUCGGCAACACCCCGACCAUGGCCCAGCGGAGCGCCACCGCCCCGGGCCGACGACGACUCACGUUUGCGACCAAUCUGUCCGUGUACGACACUUUUGCCCCGAGCACCUAUGACCGGAGGAGCGAGCCUGCUACCUGCAACCGUUUGACGCCUGCCCUUGCGCAGAGGAUCAAGGAAGAGUUGAAUUCGUACAAGAUGGAGGAAAUGGAGGUCCACGCUAGCUCUCGAAUACAUCCCCCUGUUCAGGUCUAG